GGAACACCGCACGCGCACCCCGGUUGCAGACGAGGACGCAGGGGUGAACUGCCCCCUUUCGGGGCACCCCGUGGUGGUUGCGGUGCAGGAUCAGCCAGGAGAAGAAUUCGGGGUUCUGCGCUCUCGGUGUAGCGUUUGCUCUUUCUCAGCUAAUGUGGCCGCUCAUAGUAGGCGAAAAAGAAGACACAAAGUGAUAAAUUUUGUGUAAAGUGGUAGAGAAUUACUGAACGUUUCCUUGGGGUUUUAUGUAUAGCACCUUGUUUUUCUUGUGUUUCCUCAACCCUCCGUGCUGCAUCUUUGUCUAAUCUCAUCAAGCCCUAGCUCAGCCGGUCAUGUUAGUGAUGUCAGUUACCUUUUGCCUGUGUUUCUCAAACCUCUUAGGCACAUCAGAGUCACCCAGGACUGGUUAACACACAUUUUGCGGGACUCAUCCCCUCUGUGUCGGAGUCAGUAGUUCUGAGAUGUGGCCUGAAAAUCUGCGUGUGUUUUUUUAGCAAGUUCUCGCUUCAAGUUCAGGGACCACAGUUAGCACCGCUGCCCCUCAGCAGGGCCUCCCCGUCUAACCUGCCAGUGUUUCUGUGGGACACUGUCUAUGGGACCCUUGGGGUUCCCACAUGUCUCCCAGUGAGUGAGUGCAGGUGCAAGUUGAUGAUAAAGGCCCAUCUGGUAUAAGACAGAAAAGGAGCAAAAUUGUGCUUUUAAGUUUUUAAGGGGAAAAAAGGAUUGGGAAAAGUUUCAGAGGACAUAGAUUGGAUGUGUUUAGUCAGUUCUAAGCACAGUGUUCCCAGAAUGGUAGGUGAGCCCGUGAUCACAUCUCCAUUCGGGUUUCCUUCGCUGUUCUCCUCAUCGAUGAGGAUGGUGUCAGCGGACGCCCCUAUUACCUGGCAUGUUGGCUGAACACUGGACAGUAGGGCUUGUCACACAGACGACAUGUGGCCAUUGCUGGUCAGAGGAGGCUGAACCUAAUAUUUACAGAGCUUGACCUACUUAUAAUACCGCUUUUUCAGUAUUAUAACGGACCCUUAAGCAUGUGUCUAAUUGUAACAGUGGUUUUAUAAUUUGUUAUUUAAGCAGUAAUGUUCUGCCCUGUUAGGCAGGUAGUUUGUUAGUUGUUAAAAGAAGGAUGUUGUUUUGAACUUACUUUUGUUUUCUUUUCCACAGAAGAACAUAGCUGUUGAAAGUGAUGUAAGAAUAAACAAAGACAAUCUUACUGAUCUGUAUGUUCAGCAUGCAAUACCGUUGCCUCAGAGAGAUUUGCCAAAGAAUAGAUGGGGGAAAAUGAUGGAAAAGAAAAGAGAGCAACAUGAGCCAAAAAACGAGACUAAAAGGAGUAGCACUGUAGACGUGUCAAAGAAAAGACCUCUCAUUGUGUUUGAUGGAAGUUCAACAAGCACAAGCAUAAAAGUGAGAAAGACAGAGAAUGGGGAUAAUGAUCGACUCAAGCCUCCCUCUCAGGCAAGCUUUACCAGUAAUGCCUUUCGAAAAUUAUCAAGUUCCUCUUCAAGUGUGUCACCCCUAAUUUUGUCUUCCAAUUUGCCUAUGAACAAUAAGAUGGAACACAAUAAUAAUGACACUAAACAGAACCAUGACUUAGCGCAUGGGAAAAGUCCUUUGGGCCCCGCGAAGCUGCCGCCUUUGUCCCCAGUGGGAACUACUCCAGUGAAGCUAAAGCGAGCUGCUCCGAAAGAAGAAGCCGAGGCCGUGGAUAACCUGAAGCCACCAGAAACAAAGAGGAAGAUACAACACGUUACAUGGCCAUGAAGGAAAGUUUCCAAAAAUGUAAAUAUAACUGUAGUUUUCAAACAGUUCACAUAUAUUGACAGUAUUUACAGAGAGCUUGAUUAUUUUGAAAAUUUUCUAAAGGUUUAAAAUUAGGUUAAAAAAA